GCUGAAUUGGUCCUCUCUUCAUAGUUGUACCCUGAAAUCACACCUCAUUUGCAAGGCUCACAUUACAGCAGCAGAGUCUCCAAAUUGGCUCACCGUACCGGGGUGCACUUCCAGUUAAAAGCUCUCCUAGACUGCACACCAUGAACAUCCCUGUCUCCUCCAUCCUUCUCAGUCUGGGAGGAAAAUGUCUGCUCAACUGGACCCUUGUGUUUCUCCAGAGCAACCACAUCUGCAAAAGUUUCCUGGGAGUUUUCAGUUUUUCCCUUGCUGUUGUCGACACAACCCUGACCCUCUUUGUCGCCACCCUUCACAUCCACGCUGAUGGAUAUAUCUUCCUCCUGGGCAUGCAGAUGACAAGGUACCAUGUAUGUUUACUGGUUCAAAUCCUUGGACAAGUCUAUAAUGGCCUGCAGUGGCCUGUUGUAGUCCUAGCUGGUUUGGACCAUUUAUGCACUGUCACUCAGAGGUUGCAGCCCACCACUGCCAGGGCCAGAUGGUAUUUGUGCUUCAUUGUGACUGCCUUCCUGUGGUACCUCACAGCUGCCUACGUCUUCCUGCUGUCUGACUUCAUUCCUGUCUUGGAGGAUGUGCCUCACAGCCAGAUUCACCAGUGCUGGGUCUUCCACACCUCUCAGAUCCUGCAGGUUGCCAUGUUGCUCAUCCUGACUCUGGGCUGUGCAAUGCUGCAUGCUAGGUGCAGCGUAGGAUUAUUAAAAAAUCCUCCUCUGAAUGACCAAAUUACAGGCCAAAGUAGACCUCACACCAGAAGAAGUAUUGUUCACCAAGCCGUGCAUACAUUUCUGAGCACAUGGGCCCUACUCCUGGUUUUUCUGGCCGUGCUCUUCCUGCUACCUGUGGGAAUACCUGCAUACCUGGGUCUGAACGCUGCCUGGCUCUGCUUCCUCAACAGCCUUCUGAUAUCAGUUGUUUUAUGUGUAGUCUGUCCAGCCUCGCAGAUAGCACCGGGCUUGGCAACAGUUCCUGCGGACAGCUUCUGUGAAUGGAGAUUUAAAUUUAGCUUGGCUGCAGAGGACAGAACAUGACUGUACCAAGCAAAUACACACAGGACUCUUGUUAGAAGAAGUGGAAUAAGCUGCUCAGACCUUAACGUCUCAAAGGAAGAAAAUAAUUUGUAUUUCUAGAGGACAGUGGAGCUUCUUUAGCCAAACUUCAUGUUACAUAACUUCAUGAACAGCAAUGUGCAUCUGUCAGCCCAUGGCUUUGGCCCAGACUGAAAUCAACAACUAUCGGAUUAAUUUGUGAUUCGUGGAGAAUGAAUCCUAAUGACUUUGGUGGUCCCCUGACUUUUCAUUUAGCGCCACCAGCAGGUCAAAGUUUUUACUUACACAGUGAAAUACCUAAUUUACAAGCUACAUAGGCACAAAAUGCGUUACAGACAUUCUUGGUCCAAUAUGAUGAACCUUACAGAUGAUCCCACUUUUUAUUUGUCGCAACCAUGUGUGAAAUGAAUCAACAGCAAAU